AUGGCUGUUGCAGCUGUGUCAGACCAGGAUGCGGUCGAAGCCAUCACCUCGCACUUCCUCUCCGCUCCUACCGCCAAACAGCGCCUCCUCACCCGACUCAUGAAAUGCACCGACAAUCGAUAUCAAGAGUUCUGUCUUCAACUCACACGCUCAGACUGUCCCGAUCCUCACGCAUGCCAAAAGCUUCACUUCAAACCCGUAUUCUACCCCCAAACAGACCCUUCCUAUGGCCACUGCAGCUACCUCAACACUUGUCAUCGUACCACUACUUGCAAGUAUCUGCAUUUCCAGCUCGAUACCGAUCCUCCACAGCAGCCGUUCACUUUUCAGACUACCGAUCCGAGGCACCCCUACGAGGCGAACUCGGAGGAAGCCAAGGAAAUAGGCUUGAUUCAUCCUUCGCGCACACUGCGAGAGCAUGGAUUCGAUUCGUGGAUUUGUCUUUCCACAUCCACCGCAGAAGAGGCAGGAGAGAGAAGGCAAGAAGAAGCGCAAUGGAUCGACUGCGAUCUAAAAAACUUCGACUAUUCCAUGCUGGGCAAAUUCGAUGUAAUCUUAGCCGAUCCACCAUGGGAUAUCCACAUGUCGUUACCUUACGGUACGAUGAGCGACGACGAUAUGCGUGCGAUGCCUGUUCCGGUGCUGCAAGACGAAGGUCUGAUCUUUCUCUGGACAACAGGUCGAGCUAUGGAGCUAGGUAGGGAGCUGCUGGCACAUUGGGGCUAUACACGCAUCGACGAGUUGAUAUGGGUCAAAGUCGGUCAGACUCAACGGCUUAUUCGCACAGGUAGAACAGGCCAUCAUCUCAAUCAUACUAAAGAGCAUUGCCUGGUUGGCGCCAAGGUGCCAAGUCCUCCAUCGCCUGGAGUGGAGAGCAAGCCGCUGUUAGGAUCGACACAAAAGUAUGUGGGUAGUAGGGUAGCAGGCGUGCCUCCACCGUUGCCAGAUUGGGUGCAUUGUGGCAUCAACGCAGAUGUCAUCGUCUCAGAGGUGAGAGAUACGUCGAGGAAACCGGAUGAACUGUAUGCUAUCAUCGAAAGGCUCUGUCCUGGUGGCAGGAAGGUAGAGCUGUUUGGGAGGAAGCACAAUGUGAGAAGAGGCUGGUUGACAUUGGGUAAUCAGUUGAGAUCGGAUCAUGUGCUCGAUCAAGGGCUGAGGGAGCGGUUGAGUGCAUAUAGAGCCCAGCGAGCAAGAGUACCUCAGCAGGCUCCAUACAGCGGACCACCGACGGGACACAUGCAGCAUCAGCACCGACAGUAG